AUGAAACCAAAGGGUGAUGAGAGACAGGAAAAGGACAAUGCACGCAACAAGAAGAGCUCGGCGCGUAACUAUGAGAAAGACUACCGCAAAAAUGGGAGGAAAGUGACAUCAGAAUCUAAGGAUGAAGAGAAAAAAACAGAAUUAAAUAGAAAGCACCACAGAACCUCUACAAAGAACUCAAGGUCUUCAUGCAAACCUCUGCAGGAGUCUAAGAUCACAAGCUCAGAAAAAGUGAAGUCUGGUUCUGGGAACAGUGGAUUUGACAAUGAUGGCAUGGAGGUGACUUUGAAAAGAGUGUGGCAUCACUGGAUGGAAACAACAACUCCACACAGUCAAAAUGAAAAGGAGGAAGUAAACAAACAUAAGAAUAAAAGUAAUGGCAGGAAAGGCAGCCACCAUCUCCCUAUAAGAGAAAAAAAUACAGAUAAUGAAGAUUGUAAGAUGUCAAAGAGCAGAUCUGAAAAUGAUUGGAAAAAUAAAACCAGUAAAGUUUCAUCUGAUGACAAGAGUGAUGAGAUCUAUGAAGAAAAUGAAGAACUACAAACUUUGGAAUCAGUUUCUGGCUGCAGGCAAGACUGUCUACCUGUUGAGAAUCAUACCGAAGUGAGAGAAGAAAAUCACAAUGCUGAAAAGACUGCAGAGAAAGAGCAUACUGUCAGUAGCACAAAAUAUAAACAAGGUCAGGAGAAGAAAAGGAAAUCUCACAGCAAAGAUCAUGAUAAACUGAAGAAAAAUAAGAAGUUCAAGAGAGAAGAGGAUGAGGACAAGAAAAAGCAGAAAGGAAAUAAAGAAUCCAAGAAAGCUGAAGAAGCACCCAGUAAAUGGAAAUGGUGGGAGGAGGGGAAGCACACCGAUGGUCAGAAGUGGAAAAGUCUUGAGCAUAAGGGACCACUUUUCCCACCAGAAUAUGAGCAUUUGCCAAGCAGUGUGCCAUUUUUAUAUGAUGGAGAGCCUGUAAAGCUCAGUAUGUCUACUGAGGAGGUAGCAACGUUCUAUGCCAAGAUGCUGGACCACGAGUACACCAGCAAGGAGACUUUUCAAAGUAACUUCUUUACUGAUUGGAGGGAGGUAAUGACAGAAGAUGAGAGGAAGCUGAUCAAGAAGCUCUCCAAGUGUGACUUUAGCCACAUUCACAGUUACUUUGUGAAAAAGGCUGAAGAAAAGAAGAAUAUGACCAAAGAAGAAAAGCAGGUUCUAAAGGAAGAGACUGAUAAACUCACAGAGGAGUAUGGCUACUGCCUGCUGGAUGGACAUAAGGAGAAAAUUGGAAACUUCCGUCUGGAGCCUCCAGGGCUAUUCAGAGGGCGUGGGGAACACCCCAAAAUGGGCAAACUCAAAAAACGUGUCCAGCCUGAAGAUGUGAUCAUUAACUGCAGCCAAGACACAAAGAUCCCAGAGCCACCAUCAGGCCACCGGUGGAAGAGAGUGCAGCAUGAUAACACGGUCACCUGGCUGGCUUCCUGGGUGGAGAACAUUCAUGGACACAUUAAGUACAUCAUGCUCAACCCCAGCUCCAAACUGAAGGGUGAGAAGGACUGGCAGAAAUAUGAAACUGCUCGAAAGUUGAAACUAAGAGUAGACGGCAUCAGGAGUGAAUACCGAAGGGCCUGGAGAGCUCGAGAGAUGAAACAAAGGCAGCGAGGAGUGGCACUGUACUUUAUUGACAAGCUAGCUCUGAGGGCUGGUAAUGAGAAGGAUGAUGACACUGCAGACACAGUGGGGUGCUGCUCUCUCCGGGUGGAGCACAUCACCCUGCACCACCACCUAGAUGGCCAGGACUAUGUGGUGGAGUUUGACUUCCUGGGCAAAGACUCCAUCCGCUACUACAACAAAGUACCUGUGGAGAAACAAGUUUACAAAAACCUGAAGCUUUUCAUGGAAUUCAAGGGUCCGGAAGAUGACCUUUUCGAUCGAAUUUCUACAACCUAUCUCAAUAAGAAGCUCAAUGAGGCCAUGCCAGGAUUGACAGCCAAAGUGUUUCGAACCUUCAACGCUUCUACCACCCUGCAGGAGCAGCUCAGCAAACUCACCGUCGAUGAUAUGACCGUGGAGGAGAAGAUCUUGGCUUACAAUCGUGCUAACCGAGCUGUGGCUAUACUCUGCAACCACCAGAGGGCAGCACCCAAAACAUUUGAGAAAUCCAUGCAGACACUACAGGAGAAGAUCAGAAAGAAAAAGGAGGAUCUGGAGAAUGCCAAAAAGGAGCUAAAACAAGCAAAGAAAGCACACAAGGAGUGUCCAACAGAGAAGACAAGGAAGCUGGUGGAGAAGAAGGAGAAAGCUGUAAAGAGGCUGGCAGAGCAGCUGAAGAAGCUCCAGCUGCAGGAGACUGACCGGGAGGAGAACAAGGUCAUCGCUCUGGGCACUUCUAAGCUGAACUACCUCGACCCCCGCAUCACUGUGGCCUGGUGCAAGAAACACCGUGUUCCAGUGGAGAAAAUCUACAACAAGACUCAGAGGGAUAAGUUUGCCUGGGCCAUCGACAUGACUGAUGAACAUUUCCAGUUCUGACGCACUGAAGAUGAUUCAUUCUUUUGUUGUUGUUGUUGUUGUUGUUGUUUUUUGUUUUGUUUUUUUUCUUCCUUAUAAUUUUUGGGCCAUUUAAACAACUAUUUAGUGUGAUAUCUUUGACAGACUCGGUUUAAAGAAGACCAAUAUUAUGUCUUGUGUUGAAUUUUUGUGUAGUAAAAUGUGAAUACAAAGCUGAAGGUCACAGUGAUGUUGGUUUUUUUUUUUGUUUGUUUUUUUUGUUUGUUUUUUUUUUAUAUAAACUUCCCACUGAAAAGGUGUGUGAUCAUGUAUUGUAAGCACCAAAGACGGUAUAAAUUGUCGUUUGUUGGGUGUAUAGGCGGUGCAGGUUUUUGAUAUUGCAAAUAUGUAAUGAUAUUGCAAAUGUGAUGCUACUGAAAUAAUACAUUAUCUGUACUAAAUGCUGUAUAAAUAUACACUGUUUCAUGAUGUGUAGUAAUAGCACAAGUAGAGUUUACGAUGACGGAUCUUGAGGUAAUGGGUUAGUGUGUAGGAUGCAAGGUGAAAUUCAGGAUUAUCUUGCUUGUUUAAUGUUAAUACUGCUUGGGUUAAAGCUGUUGGAAUGACAUGUCUUGGGUGUAGAGUUUGGAAAAUAAGAUACUAUCAAGCACAAAGAAACCAGUACUUACAAGGAUAGGCCUGGUCAUUAGUGAUAUUCUGGGCAGAAGCCCUUGCUCUAAAGGUGAACUAUUCAUUGAUGAAGGACCUCUCAUUCAGUAGUGUAGAAUUAAGAAAAGAUGGUUUUAAAAAACUUUCAGUGGGUUUUGAAGCAGUUUUUCUGUGUCAUAUUUUUUUAGAAGAAAGACAGGAAUCGGACUGUAAUAGAAAAUGUGAUGAUCCUUUCAAUUCUGACUAUACAGAACUACAACAGGUUCAGUUGAGAAACCUUGAGUUCUUUCAGCUGCUGCAGAAAGAAUGUAGAGCUUUCUUAACAAAGCAUGAGAUCCUCCCAUCUGAGGGAGCUGGCAGCAAUGCAAAACAGGAAUUGGAAUGACUAAACAACUCUCAUAAUGGUACAGAUAGUCUUCGAAAUCAUGUUGGAUAGUUGGCCACUGCAAAAUUUAAUGCUCAUGUUAGGUUUUGGGGCUGUUCAGCUCAAGGUUGUCAUCAUAAUAGCCAAGCUGCAAGUGAUCAUUCUCUUUGAGACUCCCUACAGUUCUGUCAUCAGCAAAUGAGAUGAGCUUAAUUAAUGAGUGGUGGUCAGCAGUACAGUCAUUGGUAUAAUGGUAAGUAAGGUUUGGAAGAGAGGAUGCACCCCUCUGGUGUGUACAUGUGAAAUCAAGCAUAAUUCUUGUACCAGGAGUCUGAUCUGGAUAUAUUGUCUCCUGUUUUUCAAGAGGUUGGUAACCCAUGUCAUGAUAAGACAUUGGUUGACUGUAGUGAAGGUGCAGUUGAAAUCAAUAAAAAGGACUUGCAUAAAUGUUGGUAUUGUGCAGGUAGUCUAGGAUGUA